GCGACUGGCGGACGGUAAAGAUGGCGACGGAACUCAUAGUGUGUACUAACGCUCGGAGAAGAUGACGACGAUAAGAUUAGUAACUUUGAAAUCGCGGUGUUGACAGCGCUUCCUUUAACGACCUUUAGACAAAGCGUCGCUAACUUGUUGACUUUGGUGGUAGUUGAUCAAACCUGACACACGCAACCGGCCACGGACGUUUAACCAUGGAGGAUAUCAACUCAAACAUAAACGCGGACUUGGAGGUGCGGAAGCUUCAAGACUUGGUGAAGAAACUCGAGCAGCAGAACGAGCAGCUCCGGAGCCGAUCCAGUCUGCUCUCUUUCUCCUCAUCCGGUGGAAACACCAGACCCGUGAGCGCCGGGUACGAGUCUCCGGGUGCGGCGGCGGCGCUCGCCGGGUUCACUGGGGUGGGGUUCGGCGGAUCGAGGGGUUUUUGCGGUGUUUUGGAGAACUCGAGACUGAGCCCCAGACGAUCAUAUCACGGCAGUAGUUACGGAGGGGGGUAUGACAGCGACAUCGGUUCUUGUACCACUUCCAACACGAGCGCCACGUUUUAUUACGACUCGUUGGAUUUUUUCGAGGACGGGGAAACUUCUGUAUUGGACGAGGUGGAGAUCCUCGAUUUGGAGGACAUGGAUUGCCUCAAUGAAGAGGAAGACAGCUGGUUGUAUGAGGCGAAGUUGAACAGUCCUCUGCAGAAAGCCUUGAGUCCCAUGGUGUGGUGCAGACAAGCUUUGGAUAACCCCAGUCCUGAUAUGGAGUCUGCCAAACGUUCUCUCUUACACAGACUUGACCUAACCAUGUCAGCAAAUAAGCGGAGGAGUCUGUACAACAGUUCCUACAGUCCGCAAGUGAGCUACGGAAGCCCGUAUAGCACAAACGCGGCAAACAGUCCAUACAGCAGUGGCUUUAACUCCCCCUCCUCAACGCCAUCCAGAGUGCCUAUCGUCAAACAGCUUGUUCUGCCUGGAAGCGCAGGUCAACAGCGUGGAUCGUCGGACAGAAAUGCACAGGCCGUAAGCCCACAGUCCUCAGUAGACAGCGAGUUAAGCACAUCGGAAAUGGAUGAAGACUCCGUCAGUUCAUCAACCACGUACAAACUCAAUGAUGUCACAGACGUGCAGAUACUCGCCCGCAUGCAGGAGGAGAGUUUGAGGCAAGAAUACGCUGCAACAGCUUCUCGUCGCAGCUCCGGUUCCUCAUGUCAGUCGUUACGGCGCGGAACCCUGAGUGACCAAGAGCUUGACGCGCAGAGCCUGGAAGAUGAUGAGGAGGCGGUCCACCAUUCAUACCACACGCCCAUCAACCGCUUCAGCCCCUCCCCUCGGCCCUCCCCCGGUGCCUCUCCCAGAAACUCGCCCCGUUCCCGCUCGCCCACCCGGUCGUUAGAGUACAGCCGUGCGUCUCCUCAACCAAUCAUCAGCCGCCUUCAGCAGCCUCGCCACUCUCUGCAGGGCCAUGACACCCAGACCAACACCAUUAAGAAUGAAGAAAAAUUGAGGCGGAGUCUUCCCAACCUCACACGAUCCAGCUCUGGACCGACUGCAGAGCCGGUCAAAAACAGCAGGAGCUGUGAGUCAAACCUGCAAGUGCCAAAUGGAGGGUCACCCAGACACCAGAGUCAGUCUGCUAGUGAGUGUACAAACACACACACCAGUCAGUUCAUCACGUCACACCAAAGGUUCUCUGCACCUACUCACUCCUCUCCUAAACCAAAAGAGAGACUUCAGAGCCCAACGUCCCUAAGAGUUCCUCUCUCGUGUUGCUUUGGAGAGGAAGCAGAUUUUAUGCCCUCUUCUGGUAAGUUGAGGACUCCCGCAGCCCCAUCUCCUCUGGCUCUCCGGCAGCCUAUGAAGGUCAUGUCUAAUCAUGGUUCAGGCACAGCCACGCCCACACGCUCUAUAGUCCCGCCCCGCAGCGGCCUGCCACGGCCCACCGCCAGCACUGGUGGGGGUAUACCCGCUCCUCGCAGCAAACUGGUCCAGCCUGUGCGCCGGUCUCUGCCAGCUCCAAGGACAUACAGUGGUAUCAGAGAUGAAAGCUGGAGAGAGGGCUGCUACUGAGCAUGCCCAGAACCAGCAGCACAAACAAUACAACCUGGCACUUUAUAGAAAUACAUCUUUAAUCCCCGCUAAUAAAAGACUCAUUCUUCAAAACAAUUUAUUAUGUCCACUUUGAGUUGAUGUGGAAGGCAGGCUGACCAUCACAGAAUGCCAAAGAAUCAGACUGGGAUUUAGCCUCUUGGGGGCGCACACACCGAGCAAACAGAAUACACAAUCCUGCUUUUACGUCCCUCACCGCCCCUGACCACCACAGAUGAAUUGAGUUUAUUUUGUCUGUGACAACAUUAGUGGUAAACCCUGGUUAGUGAUAUUGCAAAUCAAGUUCAAACUUUGGCUUCUGAAAAUCAUGUUGAAUUGGUUUGUAUGUUGACGUUCAUCAGUCCGAAUGUCUUUCAUAUCUAUGUGGUAUAUUAUUUAUUUGAAAUCAUUAUUUAAAAUAUUUCUUCUCGAAGAGUAUCCAAACAGUAUUUGGUCUUAUAAAUAUAUGUCUGUUUAAAUAUCAUAAUUUUCUCUUUGCUUUUUUCUUCUGAAUGUUAAACCUCAACUGCAAAGCUACGUUUCCAAAGCAUUUUUACUUCUGAACGAUACCAGAUGCAUUUCAGAGUUUGCGAACAACUGCAUUUAGUCCGAGCCCUUAGAUAGACAGCGGGUUCGAUGCUUUUUUUCGAGGAUUUAGAAGAGACGGUGAGUCGGUGAGCAAAUUUCCUGAUUUGUAUUCGUAUUUCCUCAUUGGAAAGUGGGAGAGUCACUGAAUAUAUAAGCCUGAGACUAUUUAAUUGGGUCAAAUGUUGUUUCGUCAAACUUUGUUCAUCAGUUGAUAUCCAAGUGUUAUUGUCUCAGUGGCAGGGGUCAUGAAAUGAUGUCGUGUGGGUGAAGUGUAGUGGUUUUGUACUAUUCAUUUUGAUAAAAAUCCUGAUCAUUUCAUUUGUUGUCAUUCUCUGAGUGAAAUUGAUAUUGCCCGUAAAUGAAAUGGCGCUCACCAGAGAAUGGUUGACAUUGCAUCAACAUUGGUGACGACUGCACAUUACAGUUCACACACUACAUCAACAUUGGUGAUGACAUCAUACUGCACAUGAGCAUACUAUUGAAACUGCGCACGUUUGUUUUCAAAUGAGUGCCUAUAAUUUAUGAAAUUCUUUGAUUUUUGUUUGUGCCAAUGGCUUUUAUUUUGCCAAUAUUAUUUACUUCAGGGUUCUUUGCAUUUCUUUAGCGUUUGGUUUUUGUAAUUGCUUUGAUGACAUUUAUAUUUGCUUUUUGUAACAGAAGUAUGUUAUAAAAGCCCCUUGAUAUUUAUGACUAAAUACUAUGCUCUGAUAAGAGGCUUAUUUAUUAAAUGAUGCAAUGCCUCUGUGUGCUGAGAUAUAGUUAGAUGAAUGCUCGAGCCUAGUAUGGUCAUGAAUACGUGACGUGCCAUUUUGUGGAUUGUUUUUGGUAAAGACUUUUAUAUCUCCACAGACAUAAUGCUCGGUUUCCCUUGCGUUAAAUCAUUUCAAAUAAAAGAUGAAAAAUUGUGUGUUGUCUUUUAUU